GACACAUAUUUUUUUUCAUCCGAGUGAUUAUUUCAAAAAUAUACGCUUUUUCAAAAAAUGGUGGUUGGAGACCCCGUAUUCGUUUUGAAAGGCCUAUCCAACGACAAACCACACCAUUGGGUUAAAAAGGACAAAAAAAUUGUAGGUAUGCCCCUAUUUAAAAAAAGUUGUGGUUUUUAUUUUACCGUACUGUUUCCAUGCAUGUUUUAUAUAUCCAUGCCAGCCAAAUUGCGGUAUUCUAGCACUAACGAUCACGGAGCAAAGCCGCGGACGGACAGACAAACGUAUAUGGCGAAACUAUAAGGAACCCUUAGUUGAGUACGGAACCCUAAACAAAGGAAGAAGCUUAAGAAAAAUACAAUAUCGACGGUCUGUAUAAACUUGUAACAGAUUAUAUUUCUUAUACAUGAAACUUGCCCCAUCUGCACGUGUGGUUUAUUCAUUCUGUAUACUUAGCAAAAGAGCAGGGGUGCGUUCAGAAAUGUUUGUGAAUCAUAAGUCGUUCUUACAAUUCAUUGCCCAAAAAUCGAAGUUGAAAAUUUCAACUGGGUAAAUAGCAUAUUCUAUUUAAGCAAAGAAAACUGUUUCUAUCGGGUUUCUAUGACGUUGUCUAUAAAUAUUAGAUUUUAUGCUAUAUUUUUUCGUCUCCGAACAUAACCCAACGAGAAUCAAGUGUCAAAACAAAACAUGUGUUUCUUGACAGUUUGAGUGAGACUGUAUUGCGUUUACUUUAUUUGCAUUUAAAUAUUUUAAUAAAGAAAUAGUAAUUUAACAGAACACUGGUUCAAAUACAUGUGAAAAUGGGGAAGAAGAAUAAGGAUUCGUUAGGUCGCGCUCUCAUCAAAGACAGAUUUUCCAAGAAUCGACACAAAAAACAUGUUGAAGACACAAUGCUGCAUACAACAGAGAUCAAUGAUGGCUAUGACUGGGGUCGGUUGAACCUGCAGUCGGUAACAGCCGAGUCCUCACUGCAAGAGUUCUUGUCUACAGCAGAGCUGGCACAGAGGGAGUUCACAGCUGAGAAGAUGAACUUGAGAUAUGUGAAGUCUGUGCCAAGUGAAGUGGAGGCGGCUACAUCACAGCCUAACUUUGAUGAGCCGCUCACGGUGCCUAGAAGACCUACUUGGAGCCCAGGCAUCACUGCAGAGGAGCAGCUCAACCGCGAAAGAGAAUCAUUCCUUGACUGGCGUCGCCACCUCAAUGACUUACAGGCGAAACUAGGAGCCGCACUAACGCCAUACGAACGUAAUUUAGAGCUGUGGAAGCAGCUGUGGCGGACACUGGAGAAAGCAGACAUUGUGCUCAUACUAUUGGACGCCAGGAACCCGCUACUGUUCAGGUGUGCGGACUUAGAGAAAUACGCGAGUGAGCAGAAAUGCAAAUGUAUCCUGCUUUUGAACAAGGCGGAUCUGACCACCGAGUACGAAAGAAAGGCGUGGGCGGAGUAUUUCAGCAAAGAGAAUGUUCCUAUAAUAUUUUUCUCCGCCGCUAAAGAAACAAGCAAAGACCGAAAAAUCUCCGAAGAGAGCGAAACAGAAAAACCAAACUCAGAUUCCGACACAGAAUCAGCUGAUUCAGACGAUGAAAAAGAAGCCUUAAGAUCCACGGAAGAAGAUAUAGAAUUGUUUAAGAAGCAGAUCCAAGAUCUCGAUAGUGCCGUUUCUAGUACUGCUGAUAGAUUGAGCAAGAUACAAGAUACUUUAGAUACGGUUCUAGAAAAUCUACGAUCAGGGAAGCCGAUAGAACCUUUGCAAAGUGAAAAUACUACUGAAGAUAUUAAAAGGGUGGAGAAUUCAUAUGAAAUCUUUGAUAGAGAUCGGUUGUUGGAGGUAUUGAAAAAGCAAGAGUUGGGCUAUUUGAAGAACCCACCUAGGAUUACAGUUGGUAUGAUUGGUUAUCCGAAUGUGGGGAAAUCUAGUACUGUCAACGUUCUGAUGCAGACAAAGAAGGUGAGCGUAAGCUCGAUGCCCGGCCACACGCGGCACGUGCAGAGCUUGGCGCUGGGCGCGGCGCUGCAGCUGCUGGACUGCCCCGGCCUGGUGCUGCCCGCGUACGCCGUGGCGCCGGACCUGCUGCUCACUGCUGUCUUGCCUAUCGACCAGAUGCGAGCUCACGACGCGGCGAUGGCGCGGCUCUGCCAACUUGUUGGCAAACAUGUGUUCGAGCAGAAAUACGGACUUUUGCUGCCACAAGACGAUGGCGAGCUCAACUACAAGCAGAUCCUUACCGCACAUGCAUUUAACCGCGGCUUCAUGACGGCGGCGGGCCAACCCGACCAGUCCCGAUCAGCGCGUCUCCUCCUCAAGGACGCCGCGGCGGGCCGCCUGCGCUGGGCCGCGCUCCCGCCCGGCACCGCGCCCGCUCCUGUUGAGGAGCUACUGAAGGACAGCAAGAGGAAGCCUACGCCGAGAGAAACUAGGGCGGUUGAGGGUUGGGUGAGCAAGUCUGCCGAAAUCGACAAAGCAUUUUUUGCGAUGAACAAAACUUCUGCGCACGUCAAAGGAAAACCGAUUAUGGGUAUCGUCGGGGCGCAGUCAGCCGAGCAGAUGAUGAGCAAGCCGUGGAAGUUAGAGAAGAAACACGCCAACAAGAACAAGAGAGAGAAACUUAGGCGUGUUUACGCGCAUCUUGACGAACAUUAGAGGGAGAUAGCGCUAGGGUUGGAGUAACGUAAGAAUUGAUUUUCGACAGUUAUUAAUUGACCCUUAUUUAUUAUGGAAGGUAAGGAAUGAAAUCUCCAUAUACUUACCAAAAAGUGUUCGUCAAAAAACCUUCAAUAGGUGGCGCUACAAUAUCUAGAAUAUUUGAAAAUAAAAUCAAAUCAUAGACAGCGCACUUCACUUCGUCAAUAACGUUCAGGUUGUUAGCUACUCUAGCGCUACUCUGGAGAGUUUUGGAACUAUUAUUUAUAACUGACAGCUGGACACUUUAGCAACAGUUCUGCCUAUGGAGAUUUCUUUCCUUACCUCUACCUUCCAUAUUAUUUAUAUGAAGGACUAUCAGUUAUAGUUAAACGGUAGAUUUUAGCUUCAUAUCGUCGGUUAAUAGUGGAAACCUGCUAAAUCCAUUUUUGAAAUGUAUAUUUUUAACUUUAAUGUAUACAAAAAUAGGUACAAAUCCUUAUUUGAAAUUUACUUAUUUUAAACUUAAUGUCUACAAAAAUAGGUACAAAUUUAUCUGUUUUCAAAAAUGAAUUUGGCAGUUUUACACUCUUAACCGGAGAUAUAUGCCUAUAAGGGUCAAUUCAUAAUUAUCAAAAACCAAUUUACUCCCGACUACAGAUGUAGUGCAUAGUUGUUUUCCAUCGUAUUGUCUCGGAAAUCGUAUUGUUCGUACGUUUCCGUGAAAUUACGAUGGAAAAUAAUUAUGCACUACAUCUGUAUAUUUAGGUGGUCUUCGCAUUGGAUCCGGAUUGGUACCCCGCUCAUGUGUGAGCGAGACGGCGAUAUUCACGUAUACUUUUUUGCCCGUGACAUUGUCUGCGUGGAAUGCCGAUGAUGAUGAUUGAUAAAAUUAACAGCAUUAAGCUAUUGUCUACCAAUCUGUCAAAAAAAGCACCUCUCUAUCUACCCAGGCCGGAGAUUACCGGCCAAUUGUUUGUUGCCCUUGUCUCCCCCCUUGUUUGCUCCCCACCUGCACGGGCCAUCCCAGAUUUGUUACGACGGAUUAUUUUAGCGCUAGAGAAAAUUCGCAGUCAAAAAGCAGCUUUAUUUUGAUUUUAAUAAAACUGCUUUUCGACGGGUUAAAAUGGCCGGAGAUCUCCGUACGUAAAAAAUACGGGACACAAAAUACUGGAAGGAGAUCUCCGGCCGGGGUAUAAAGAGGGGUGCUUUUUUCUCAAAACCUAGACAAAUGUAUAUAGCUUUUUUGGCCGGAGAUAUCCGUUCUAGGUAGACGACGGGUUAAUGACAAUGAUUGUUGUGAUGCUAAGGUUGAUAUGAUAUACCCACACCCACUAUGUCAGUAGAAAAAAAAGCGGCAAAUUUAAAAAAUGUAGGCGUAAUUUUUGACUUCUCAUAGAAAAAUUAAAUUCGUUUUUUUUCUACUGACAAAGUGGGUGUGUCUGAGUAUAUUUCAAAGACCGUUCAGUGGGCGUAUGAUGGACGGAGUUAUCCACGUGAUAAAGCAACUAUCACUUUUUAACACCGUGGGAUUGAACGAGAGAGACACUGACUAUCAUGCUGUCACGUAGACAAGUGCGACCAUCAUAUUUGUACAGGAGUUCAGGCUGCAUAACACUGGAAUUAGAACCUUAACUUUAUAACAAUAAAGUUCGUUUUUCUAUGAUAAUAAAGGAGUGAAAUAGUAAACUUACUAGCUCCGAUGAAUGGUAUGUGCAUUUUUUUAAAUAUAUCAAUGGUUAAUGAAAUGAACUAUACUUUAAGUGUUACAUUAUAUGAAUUGCUGACUGUACAACUUGUUAACUGCGACUACGAAUGAGAAAUAGUAUUUUGAUAAGUAAAUUUAGACUUAAUUCACAUGGUCAUAAAGUUCUAUAUUUAUUACAUACAGCCACAUCCUGUUUCUGUGGUCGUGAAAGCUUUUAAAAAAUAAAAUAAAUGUUGUAAACAUUAAAUUGAGUACGAAUUUAUAAUAUAAAUAAAUAUGAGUCCAUGUGUUACAUGAAAUAAAAAUAUUCAUUCAUUCA